GAACCGGAAGUUGUGGGGGACGCGCCGGUCUCCAACAUGGCGGCCGCCUGGUCCUCCGGGCUGGCUCCACUGGGGGCUGUGGCCGCCCAGUUUCUCGGUGUCCUGUGGCUCAUCUCAGUCACCAUGGGACCUUGGGGGGCUGCCGCCACAGCCGCCGCCGGGGGCGAGGAGUUGCUUAAGUGUGAGGACCUCAAAGUGGGACAAUAUAUUUGUAAAGAUCCCAAAAUAAAUGAUGCUACGCAAGAGCCAGUUAACUGUACAAACUACACAGCUCAUGUUCCAUGUUUUCCAGCACCCAACAUAACUUGCAAAGAUUUCAGUGGCAAUGAAACACAUUUCACUGGAAGCGAAAUUGGUUUUCUCAAGCCCAUAUCUUGCCGAAAUGUAAAUGGCUAUUCAUACAAAGUGGCAGUUGCAUUGUCUCUUUUUCUUGGAUGGUUGGGAGCAGAUCGAUUUUACCUUGGAUACCCUGCCUUGGGUUUGUUAAAGUUUUGCACUGUAGGGUUUUGUGGAAUUGGGAGCCUAAUUGAUUUCAUUCUUAUUUCAAUGCAGAUUGUUGGACCUUCAGAUGGAAGUAGUUACAUUAUAGAUUAUUAUGGAACCAGACUUACAAGACUGAGUAUUACUAAUGAAACAUUUAGAAAAACGCAGUUAUAUCCAUAAAUAUUUUCAAAAAGAAACAGUAAGUGGUAUGUAUAUCUAAUCUUAUUAUAGUAGCAUAUUAUUCAUAUAAAAUUAU